AAGGGCGACAGCAUCAGUUCAGUUUUUCGCUGCCGUUGACAUCUUUUGGAUGUUUGGCGGAAAAGGAGAAAACGACGGAAUAAGAACAGAUCCUUGAUUAACGAGAGCCCAACCAGGUCUAUAUUUGAGUCGUAUGUGCGGGGAGGGAGACCGGAAAGAAAGAAAAGGACAUCCCGAACCAUGUGUCGCCGACGAUUGUUGAUUAUUUCGGUCGGUUUAUUGCUACUGCUGACGGUGGUCAUAAAGCGGUCCGAGGCCAUCGUUGGAGGGAAUCAGGCGGCGCCACCGCCAGUCGAUGAUCCGGUUGUGUUUGUGCGUUUUGUGGGAAAAUCGGCCCGAGUCGAGGGAACGAGAAAUCGCCAAACGGGCCUUUACGCGUUUCGUGGCAUAAGAUAUGCGGAUGCUCCCGUGGGCGAGUUUCGCUUCCAGAGGCCGCGCUUCAAGCGACUAAGCGGUGACGUGGAUGCGAUCAAUAAUGGACCGCCGUGCCCGCAACCGGAACCGAACAAUCCAUACCGGGUGAUUGGAAACGAGGACUGUCUUCUGCUGAACAUCUUCACGCCGCAGAUGCCAGAUGAAACUACUGGUCUUCCGGUUGUAGUUUGGAUCCACGGCGGCGGAUAUCGUUAUGGUUCGGCGGCGCAAUAUGGAGCGGAACCAUUAACGCAGAAUGGUGUCAUAUUUAUUCCCAUUCAGUAUCGUUUGGGUUCUCUGGGCGUCAUCGGCGAUGGCAGUCGGGAUUUUUCCGGCAAUCUUGCACUGCUCGAUAUGGCCACUGCCGUACGCUGGGUAAAGGAUUACAUAUCGUGGUUCGGCGGUGAUCCCAAUCAAAUCAAAGUGAUUGGACAAGGAUCAGGAGCAACUGCCGCAAUGGUUCUGUCAUCAGCCACAAUGGCCCGCAGUUCCAUCACCGGAGUCGUUGCCAUGUCCGGAUCAUCACUUCAACCGAACUCGUACGAUUCCGAGCCAACGACGACUCUGAAAGAAAUUGUAGCUAAGCAUGGCUGCACAACUGGAAAUGAAACUGAAAUCGUCCGAUGCAUGAGAGCCAAGUCGUUAGAUGAAAUUAUCAAAGUCGAUAGUGACCUACAAGUUAGUCGCCUGAGUGGACAAAAUGCAGUUAAAGCAUUAACUGGCAAUGUCGGUGUCAGUCCAGUCGUUGAGCAAAAAGAUGACGGCAGAGGUCUGUUAGGAAUUAUGACUGAGAAACCUGAAAAAACUAUGCAAGAAGGAAACUUUCCCAAAAUCCCCCUCCUUAUCGGAGUCACAAAAGAUGAAACUGCCAACGGAAUCGACGUGAAAGAAAUCGAAAAAACUUUCGCAUCAGCUACAAUGUUCCUGCAAAAAACUAGCAAACUUGUAGGGCUCGACGGUUUUCUCAAUCUCAACAAAUCAAUUGAUCUCCUCGAUUCCUUGGGCAGUGUCCUACCGCUUUCGAAAUAUCUGGAAAUCCCGAAGACUUGGAACGUCACUCAAAUCUUCGGCAAACUAGUGGAAGCCACAACCGAUGCCAUGUUUAAUCUUCCCGCUAUCGUCACCGCUCAAUCGUGGAGUAAAUCCUCCAAAUCUUUCUUCUACAGCUUCGAGCAUCGAUCAGACAACACCAAGGGAGCGGACUUUCUGACUGGCCUUCCUCUGGUUGCAGCACGCAAAAGUCCAACCCCCCAACAAAAGCCGGAAGCCGUAGCCCAUGGCGAUGAGCUGGGAGUCCUAUUCGAUACCCACGACAUCUUUGGCAACCGAAUCGAUUCGGCCGCCGUCAAAUCCAAACGCGAUAUCAACGCAAGGCAAUCGUUCGCCACAUUCAUCGCCAAAUUCGCCCACAUGAAUGCCAGCAAUCCUCGAGACGAUAACCUUUUCAAGCCGUUUAGCAGCAGCGGGACCCCCUACAUCCGGAUCGGAGAGAAGAUUUCCACCGAAAAUGACUUCAGAUUCUGUCAACUGUCCAUUUGGGGAGCCCAGCUGGAGGCGCUUAAGUCUAUUUCGUGCAAGUUCCUGGGCGACGGGCUGGGAGGCCUGGGAAAAGUUGUCGGAAGUGUGACGGGCCUGCUGGGAGGAGCGGCUCGUCCGGCGCCAGGAAAAGUUUUCGGGCUGCUUUAACGCGACGCGGCAACAAAGUUCGAGAUUUGAACAUUUUAAAGUAUGGCAGUAAGAAUCAAUAAAUCACCGCUUUCGGA